AUGGUGCGUUCAGGUGCCACGGUGCUGAUGCUGGUCAGGCGCAUGGCAGCAUGGACACCGACCAGGAGUCUGGCAGCGAUGCGUGAACUGGCCGACGUCAUGGGCAUGGGCUCAACGACUGUGAACUUUGCAACAGCCACAGCACCGUUCAUGGACGUCCUGGAACGCUUGGCCUUGAAUGUGCCAUCUGUGCCAAGGAGCAUGUGCUAUGGAACAUGGAGGCUGGUACCACGGCUGUACAGGCCAAAUGAGCACAUGCCACGUGAGCCUGCUAUGGACGAGGCAAUGAACAGGGCCAGGGUACGAGUCAUAGGAGGCACAGCCCGUGUCAUGCCUGCGCCCGUGCAGAUCCCUGCGCCUGUGGGCACGAUCGUGACUGGUCCACUGCCAGGGACCUCGCAGGGUGACAAUGACAGUGACGGGACACCGGACACGCCUGGGAUCGAGUCAGAUGGCGAUCCCCUGUCAGACGACGAUGACCAGGACGAGGACGGUGAUUACAACGGCCUGGGACGCAGUGCUCGUCAGCCUCGUCCCUGGUCCUUGCCUAUGAUCGGAUUCAGGCCUUGUCCUGAGAUCGUACCAGAGCUCAUGGCCCCGUCACGUAGGCUCGGAUCACUGGUCAGGAGGCCGUUGUCCAUUGGACUGUUGCCAUCAUACUGGUGGCAGGAGCAUAUGUCCAAGGCAGAGGUUAUCCUGUCCAAGGUCCUGACACCUGAGCGCCUGAGGCUUGUCAUGUGGACAGUGGGCAACGGACUGCUGGAUCCCAUUGCAAGGCCUCGGAUCCUGUACCUGUAUGGGCCCAAGGGAGGCGAGGGCAAGUCCACAGCUCUGCAGGUUCUGGCUUCGCAACUGCCUGGGUGCUACAGGCCAUUGAGCAGGAACUACCCCGGCACGGCCUCGAACCUGCCAGAGGACGAGAAGGCUAGGCUCAUGGACUACCGGUUCACGUCCCAUGGCGACGUCGUGUUGAAGGAUGGCAGGGUCAAUGCCACGUUCUGGAAGGAAGUCUGCGGCGGCGACCUUGUCAGUGUCUCAGGCGGAGUCGGUGUCCUUGACCUCACUGUCCUGUUGGCGAGUAACGAUAUCUGGUUCCCGCACAUGACACGGCGCACGUUUGUGAUUCUGCUGGACAAGACCGCGUUGGACUUGCCCAGGCCUGACAUGGCAUUCAGUGACAGGGACGUGUUCGAGUUCACAUGCGCAUGCAUCGGGACAAGGCUCAAGUCGGAGGAGCCACCUGUCACUGCCGAGUGCGUGUUGCUCACGAUCUUUGGCAAGCGAGCAGGCAUCGUAACAAGGGCUGUGAGACUGGCUGAGCCUGAGACCUUUGACCAGGCCCUUGUCGCGUCCUAUUCAAUUGCGAUGCUCAGGGGCCAUGUAGCAGGAGGCGGUACCUACGUCCAGGUGCAGAAGGACAGUCCACCGACGAUGACAGCAGCGUCAGUCCUGGGUCCCACGUUGCAGAAUGACGAUCCGCUGAUUGCAUUGAUCCUAGCUGAGGAGAGGGACGUAACGAAGUCGACAUCAGCAGCAGGACCGCUUGAGUUCACCGACGUCUACGUGCUGUGGCCCGACGGUGGCAUCAGCCCCUCUCUCAUCCUGCAGUCGGUGGUCGUCGAGUACAGGACGAACAUUGGACAGGCCAAGCAGUACAAGUCCGAUAGAGGCGACAGGACCUGGAGCGGGACUUACAUGGAAUCGUACGCGUCACUUGGCAUUCCAGCAGCACGCUAUCAGUGGCUCAUGGACUCUAUCAGGGCAUGUGUGCCAAUGCCUGUGGAUGAGCUGACUGCAACAAUGAACGAUGGCUAUGCCUGGGUCAAUGCAAAGCUGCCUGACAAGGUAGGGCUGAGAAUGACAAUGAGGGUGAACCAAGUAACCAAGCAGCUGUCGAAUGCAGUCACAGCCCUCAGCAGCAUCAGGUCCAAUGUCAGCGGAAUAGGAACGGUUACGAUCAAGCUCAGGAGGAUCCCGGACGAGCACAGGAAUCGUGGCAGGCACUAUGCGGUGACUCUCAUGCUGCACGCGAUGCAGAUCCUGUCAGUUGACCAUGCAUCAGUCGCAGUCAAGUGCACGCGUGAGUUCAUUGAAUCUGUCAAGCGCAUCGUAGGACCGGACGUGAACACGUCACCGCUGUCGUACUUGGCCCUGAUCCCUGAGUCUCUGCCAUUGAAGCACGUGGUCAUAGCCGAGGGACCGUACCCGUCUCACAGGCUGCCUGCUCUGGCCUCAGCAUUCGCAUACGUGGCCCCUGACUCUAGCAUGACGGUGUCGUCCCAGAUCCUGUCACAGGCCCUGUGCAUGAGCAUCGACUGGGAGGAACUGGAACUGUGCCAGAACUUGGUCAAGCGCUCUCAUGGACUGAGAAACGUUGGCAUCAUCAUGGUCAACUGCCGCAUGGCCCUGGACGACAGCGUAUGCGUGAACGUUGCCCUGGAGUCGCUGUUCUCAAAGUGGCUGAUGCAAAUGCUCAUUGUCUCACAGGCAAUGAACCCUGACACGGUGCGAUUGUACUCGUUCGGAACACCUGCACGUAAGGCCGUGAACGCAGCCCUGCAGCACAUGACCACGUUACAGCGCACAGCCGUACGUUGUCAGGUCAUUGGGCUCAAGCACCCGGCCUGGCUCUCACGUGCCUGCAGAUCCUCUUCCGACAUAGCCAUGGCAUCCGGCAACGUCAACGUCCCCGCUGCCAGCACCUCUGCAGCAGGCAGGGGUCAGGGCACGUCACAAGCCCAAGGCCGCGGUCAUCGUCAGGCGCCUGUUGGUGAAGCAGGUUCAUACGCCAUGGGCCUCGUACAGGAAGCAGCGAACACUUGCCGGCAGCUCCGGGACAAGUCUGAGGCUGCCAUCGCACGUCUCCUGGUGGCAAUCAAGAGCCUGGAGGACGAGGACAGGGACGCCAUCGAGGCCUGCAUCACAGAGCUGAGCAACACCAACAGCAGCCUGGCGAACUCCCCUUGCCCCACCGCCAACCCUCCUGCGCCUUAUCCAUCCCAUCCUCACACCUCACCUCCUUCGUACCUCCCACCCAUGUCAGCCGCACAGGCAAGCACUAGCCCCUUGUCGCUGCGUUUGAGUCGACUCAAAAGUGUCCAUCCCACCCCACACCUCACCUCCUUCGUACCUCCCAAAUCAGCCGCACAAACGGGCAGUAGCCCAUUGUCGCUGCGGCAGCGGGUGGGCAUCGCGGUGGGAGUGCUGAGGGCGCUCAAGGCGAUGCAGAGUCAUGGGCAGGUGCACGGCGACCUCAAGCCCUCCAAUGUGCUGCUCACUGUCGCCUGGGAGGUGAGUGCUUUCUUUGAGAUGUGUGCCUUGCCCUCACACACUCUAUUUGGCUGGCAUGCCAUGCCCUAUUGA